AUGGGUACGGAAUUUAAGCAUGCCGACUUGAAUAUGGAAGAUUCAGGGAAUAGUUGUGGGUCCAGUGUUGUUUCUGAUUAUAGUGGUCCCUCGUAUUCUGAUUUGGAUGGGGUGCAAAUUUCCGAUCUGGAAAACCUAGAAAAUGAGGAAACUGACGUCGAUUCGCAUGUGCUACAGUGUGGAAUCGAAGGUGAUUCAGACGACGACGAGCUUGGGGCGAUGAAAGACCUCACCAUCAACGAUUACAUCAACACCAGCGUCAACACUCAACAGCAAGAUGACCUUGAAGCUCAGCAGAGGCUGGCUGUGCUCAGUUUCGAACAAGUUAACAGACUUAACGAGGUCAUGGACGAGGUCGUCUGCAUACACGGCAGAGGAAACUUUCCUACCCUUGAGAUCCGUCUCAAAGAUCUCGUAAAUGUGGUGAGGGAAAAACUGGAGGCUGAUACCACCUCGGGGGGAGCGGGCAUGAAAGUCAAGGACAUCAGAUUGAAUGGUGGCGCCGCUUCCCACGUUCUAGCCACCGAGACUCAGCCAUACAACGACUUGGACCUUAUCUUCGGCGUAGAGCUGUCCAGCUUGAGGAACUUCGAUCGGGUCAAGUCCGCUGUGCUCAGUUCACUUUAUGAGAUGUUACCAGAUGGUGUUAACCGCAAACGCAUCUCAACCUGCAGCCUGAAAGAAGCCUACGUCAGUAAGAUGGUGAAAGUGAACCAGAACACCGGCGGCGACCGGUGGUCACUCAUAUCUCUAGGAAACUCCCGGGGCAGGGGGGUCGAGUUGAAAUUCGUGGACUGUAUGCGUCGUCAGUUCGAAUUUUCGGUCGAUUCUUUCCAAAUAAUUUUAGAUUCUCUUCUACUAUUCUAUAAAUGCAGUGAAUUACCCAUUAGUGAGAACUUUUACCCCACCGUCGUGGGGGAAUCUGUGUACGGAGAUUUCCAGGAAGCGCUCUACCAUCUCCAAAAGAAACUGAUCUCUACGAGGUACCCCGAGGAAAUCCGAGGAGGGGGACUAUUGAAGUAUUGUAAUUUGUUAGUCAAAAAUUACAAACCUGCGCGGCCGGAUUACAUCAAGAGGCUACAGAGGUACAUGUGCUCGCGAUUCUUCAUAGACUUUCCGGACAUAAGCCAGCAAAAAGGCAAGCUAGAAAACUAUCUGUGGAACCACUUCGUCGAACCAGACGAAGAAGCUCUCCGCCACCAGUACCUGAUGCUUCUCCAUGACGUCGUAGAAGAAUCCACCGUGUGCUUGAUGGGCCACGAAAGACGCCAAACCCUUCAGCUAAUCAAAAAUCUCGCCUGGCAGGUCCUCUACCAAGACCAGCAGCGCAUGAUGACCCAGCAGCCUCCGCCUCUGGUCUACGCCAACGGCAUCGUCUACGCGCCCAUCAUCCAAAACUGCUAUUGCACGUGCAACGCAGCGUGGAUGCCGCAGUGCUGUUCGUGA